AUGGGCGCCAUCCUCUCGCUGUCCCCAGGGUCCAGGAAGCCUGGUUACUAUAGCGACCAAGGCAGCUCUCUGAGCCGCUACCCCAGCCUGAGCACCCGCUCGCUGAACGCGCAUAAGGAGUCGAGUUUGAAGCGGCAGUCCCUGCUGCUGCCCGCCCUCACCUGGAAGCGCCUGGUGGCGUCAACCCGCAAGCGGAGCUCCAGAAAGGGGGGCCCUGCGGGGGUCCCGCCCAGCAGCGGCCACGCCCACCGAAGGGACGUGUCUCACCUGAACCGCGAGAACGUGAAGAAGUCGCUGUCCUGCGCCAACCUGCCCAGCUUCAAGGCUCCGCCCCCCGGGCCGGUCGCGGGCCGUGCCCAGCUGUCCUCGGUGAGGAGGCUGCCACCGGGACCUGAGUCCUCGCCCCGCCGAGUCAUUGUCCAAGCGUCCACCAGCGAGCUGCUGCGCUGCCUCGGCCGCUUCCUGUGCCGUCGCUGCUACCGCCUGAAGCAGCUGUCGCCGGCCGACCCGGUGCUGUGGCUGCGCAGCGUGGACCGUGCGCUUCUGCUGCAGGGCUGGCAGGACCAGGCCUUCGUGACGCCCGCCAACGUCGUCUUCGUCUACAUGCUGUGCCGCGACGUCAUCAAUGGCGAGCGCAUGGCCAGCGAGCACGAGCUGCAGGCCGUGCUGCUCACCUGCCUCUACCUGUCCUACUCCUAUAUGGGCAACGAGAUCUCGUACCCGCUCAAGCCCUUCCUGGUCGAGGUGGGCAAGGAGGCGUUCUGGGGCCGCUGCCUCUGCAUCAUCGACGCCACGAGCGCCAAGAUGCUGCGCAUCAACGCCGACCCGCACUUCUUCACGCAGGUGUUCGCCGAGCUGAAGAGCGAGGGCGCCUGCAGCGCCCUGGACUACAGCCGCAUCCGAGACCGCUGUGUCUCAGGGGUCACUGGUGCCACCUGGCAGAGAGGACUGGGAAGCAGGAAGGGUCCCGGAAGCCCCGCCCCUCUCAGCCCCGCCCACGGAGCCUGGACCACGCGGCCGAGGUCCGGCUGCGCUUCCGUCAGGAGAAGCCCCGUGCCGGUGCCAGCUCAGUCCUACAGGGCAGUGCUGACGUGAGCCUCCCACCCCCCCGUGUGAGUCCCGUCCACUCGACCGUCGCCCUUGAGUGGGUUUUGCGCACUCACACACGCAGUCGCGCACACACACACACGCACGCACACAGUCUCACGCACAGUCUGCACAAGAGGCCUGUGUGACAAGCUGUUCUGCCAGCGGAAAGUGCAUCACAGCUCAUCAAAGGCCACAAUCAAGAUUUUCCAAAGAUGACCAAAUAUCUGAGAGCUGCGCAGCAAAGUCGGGCUGCAGAGACAGUAACGGGACGGGACCCCAGAGGACCUGCAUGGGUUCAGCGCUCGGCGGGACUGCACUGCACCUGCGAGGUUCUGCUCGGGGCACCUUCUCGAGCCCACACCAUCCUGUUGUCUUUGUGUGUGCCUCCCCGUGCAGCCCUCUCUAGGGGUCACA